AUGACGCUACUAUUUCAGGCCAGCUAUCACUCUGUUAGGGCAUCAUUGAAGGUGAAGGAUCAGUUUUCCUUGGGCCUAUUGCCUUAUAUUAGGGAGGCAGAAUUUGGGCAUGCAAUAGAGUUGAGAGAUUUCAUGUUUGACAAUUUCUUGAUCUCUGUAUUUGUCAAGCGGUGGAGGCUUAAGACCUACCCCUUCCACCUUCCAUGGGGUGAUGUUAGCAUUACACUGCAGGAUAUUACCUACCACAUUGGUCUGCGCACUAAUAAAAAGCCGAGUGGGGGUUGUACCAGAGACUUCCAACAAUACCAUAGACACCCCACGUCAGAGUGGAUUGAGGAUUUACUUGAUGCUAGGCCGCCACCACAGCCAGAGGAAGAGAAGCAGGUUUUCGGGAUGAGGAUGACCUGGUUGAGAGAUAGGGUUUCACAUAUUCCAACUGGGACAGCUCCGGAUACACUCCGUAAGCACGCCAGGUGCUGCUUGAUGAUGCUUAUCGGGGGGUUUCUUUUCACGGACAAGUCUGCUAUACUUGUUCCUUUAAGGUGGCUGCUGUUGCUGGAGGAUUUUCACCAUGCAGCCAGUUGUCAUGGGGUCUACACUACUGGCACAUACGUAUCACUCACUAUACUCCACCGAACCUACGCACCUGCCUACAAAUUACUCGUGGAUGUCAACGUUUAG